UGUAAACGUCAUCAACGUAACAAUAAAUUCGGUGAAUGUGAUAUACGAUAUGUGGUAAUAAUUAUUGCCAUGAUUAUUAAUCGAUUGUUUGCAGCUCGUCGACUUUUCACUGUUGGCCAUAAUUCAUUACGAUUUUUCGAUCGUAUUGGAACGGGUAAACAAUGGUUGCCAGCAAUUACAACUGCUGUUCAUUUUCAUCAAAAAUCUUCCAAACCGAAUCAUGGUCAAUCAGUUCGAAAAUCAAUUAAUGAAAAAGAAUCAUUUUGGAAUGGAUCAAAUUCGGGUAUUUAUGCGGUGGCCAUAGUUUUGUCAUCGAUCAUUGCCAUGUAUGUUUAUGAACGAAGGAAAAAAGAUUCGAAUGCUGUAAAUCAUCAUUCUUGGAGUAAUGAUGGUGGUGGUCACCCUAUAUUCUGUAAAUCAAUACCUGAUAAUCCUGAUGACAAAGUUAAAAAAUGGGUUAGUGAUGAUGAUGAUAAAAAGCAGCACGUGAAACAAACACAGAUGAAUAAAAAUUCGUCAGCGUUCUCAUCAAUGAAUGUUAUAGCCGAUAUCGUAGAACAAGCAUCUCCUUCAGUAGCUUAUAUCGAAGCAUUUCAAAGAUGUGCAGGUCCAUUCACACCAAUGACCACGAUGACAGUAUCGUCUGGUUCUGGAUUUCUUGUUGCUGAUGAUGGCCACGAAUCAGGCAUCAUUUUAACCAACGCACAUGUCAUCGCCAACUGUCAACAAGUUGUUGUUCGAUUCAAUGACGAUCGACGUAUACAAGGCCAAGUUGAAUUCAUUGAUGAACGACUUGAUUUAGCCACUGUUCGAGUACCGUUAUCUGAAGUAAGCCAUCUCAAGCCCAUUAGACUGUUGGAUGGUUCGAAAAAAAUUCGACCAGGCGAAUGGGUAAUUGCAGUCGGUGCACCUUUCUCAUUAUCAAAUACAGUAACCGUAGGAGUUGUUUCAUCUAUAUCGCGAGCCGCACGCGAUUUAGGCAUUCGAGAUAGUGUCGAAUAUAUUCAAACUGAUGCAUCAAUCAACAUUGGUAAUAGUGGUGGUCCAUUACUGAAUCUGGAAGGCGAAGCUAUUGGUAUCACUACAUUAAAGGUUGGCGAAGGUAUAUCAUUCGCAAUACCUGCCACUUAUGCUCAAAAUUUUCUCGACCACUGUAAAUCAUUGCGACAUGGUCAUCGUAAUAAACAUUCUGAUAGAUUGGAACCGAUGGGAACAAAUAGACCAAAACUAUAUAUUGGUUUUACGAUCUUAACUUUAACCGAACCAUUAAUGGAAUCAUAUAGACGACAUGGUGGUCAUGGUCGUUCUGAUUCAUCCGAUUUUCUACCCGAUGAUUUACGAUCUGGUGUCAUGGUCUAUAGAGUGGUUCAAGGUUCACCUGCUCAUAAGGGUGGAUUAAAAAACGGCGAUAUUAUAGUGGCCAUCAAUGGACAGCCAGUACAUACUGCCGAAGAAGUGUAUAAAAUAUUACAACAUGAUCAUCAUUUUAAUGAUAAAACAACAAUAGAAAUGGAAUUUCAAAUAAGAAGAGAUGAUAAACAAGAUUUUAAGCUUAAAGUUAGGCCACAAUUGAUUAUUUAAAUAAUAUAUUUAUUUUUCAUUAUGUUGAUAUUUAUGUUUUUUUUUCAAUAUACA